GCAAAGCAGCAUCAACUUCAUGGACCCUGGACAGAUUACAGAAGUGGAGGUUAGAAAUUUGAAGGAAUUUGUCUACGGGAAUCUCAAACACAGCACACCAGUUUUGCUGUCUCUGUCCAGAUAUUUAAGAAGUGGAGCAAGGGAUUCAUUCAACCAGCCUUGCUGCUCAGAUUAUGGGAAGGGAUUCAUUCUGACCGACUGAUUCUAAAAAAGGGGAGAGGACGUUCUCCUGCUCAGACAGUGGAAAUGGAUUCAGUUGGUCAUUUCAACUGAAGGUACAUCAGUAAGUUCACACUGGAAAAGGCCAUUCACCUGUUCUGUGUGUGAGAAGAGAUUCAGUCGGUCUUUCCACUUGUGGACACACCAGUCAGUUCACACUGGGCAGAGGCCGGUCUUCUGCUGAAUUUCUGGGGAAGGAUUCACUCGAUCAUCUGACCUAAUGGCUCAUCAGCAAGUUCACACCGGGGAGCGGCCAUUCACUUGCUCAGACUGUGGGAAGGGAUUCACUUUCUCGUCUAAACUGAAGAUACAUCAGCGAGUUCACACUGGAGAGAGGCCAUUCACCUGCUCAGACUGUGGGAAGGGAUUCACUGAGUCAUCUGGACUAGUGGUACACCUGCGAGUUCACACAGGGGAGAGACCGUUCACCUGCUCAGACUGUGGGAAGAGAUUUACUCAGUCAUUGGAUUUCCAGGUACAUCACCGAGUUCAUACGGGGGAGAAACCAUUCACCUGUUCUGACUGUGGGAAGGGAUUCCAUGGAUCAUCUGACCUUAAUAGACACCAGCGAUUUCACACUGGGGAGAAGCCGAUCACUUGCCCAGUCUGUGGGAAAGGUUUCACUCAGUCAUCCGACUUACAAAGUCACAAACGAGUUCACACUGGGGAGAAGCCGUUCACCUGCUCAGACUGUGGGAAGAGAUUCACUCAAUCAUCCCACCUACAGAGUCACCAGAGAGUUCACACUGGGGAGAGGCCGUUCACCUGUAGUAAAUGUGGGAAGGGUUUCACUCAGUUAUCUAACCUUAUGACACACUACCGGGUUCACACUAGGAGAAACUUUCAAUAAGCUGCAUGCUGGAUAUUUGUCCAUCACCGUUGCUGAAUACAAUUUUGAUAGUGACUGUCAGUGCUGAACUCUGCAAUUAUUGCUGCUGCUCACCACACCCAGUUCUGCACCCUGGUCACUGGGUGACUGGGAGGAGUUUUUUUCUGAUGCAUAUUCACCUUUAAUGGGACUGGAGUUUAAUAUUCUGCAUCUGAGACAAAUAAAUCAGUUCUAUUUUGAACUUCGUCAUCGGUACUUAGUGAAUUUAUAACAUACCUAAUGUACGGUAGAGAGUUAACUAAGGCCAGUUGAUCCUGCCAAUGAUUCAGUUCCAUGACGGUCCUUUUGAAUCCUCCCCUGUUCCCCUCUCGAUCUCUCCAUGGUGACGGGUUCCAAACUGUCACCACUCUGUGGGUGAAGAGGUUUCCCUUGAAUUUCCUACAGACUGAAGAAGUCGAGCUGACUGCAGUUCUGUCUGGGAUGUUCUUCACCCUUCAAAUCUCUGGGCUGAUGGAGAAUGACAUUGGUAGUUAAUCUCCUUAUGCACAGCUCAAUUCCACAUUAUGGGUCAUUUUCCCUGCUUCUAAAAGGUUGUUAUAAAACACCACUGUCCUCUAAAUACUGAAAGCAGAAUGGGAAACCAUCAGCUGGAUGUGCAAUGUAGCUUAGUUAGAAACCAGAGGCAGGUCUGCACAGGGCAGAGUUUGGGGCUCUGGACAAUGUUUGGGGUAAGAACAUAUGAUGAGAAGGGAAUCAGCAGUGGGACAUGGCUGCAACAGAGUGGAAACAUUUGGAAGCUGAUUGACAGAGAAAACCUUUUGUUUGUCUGACUGAUGACACAAGCAAUGCCUGUGGUGAGGUGCUCCACUGGUUCAGGAACGUGAAUGUUGGGAAUGUUUUUAUUGAUUGAAGGAGCUGUUCCUGCUUGUUUAUCCUGUAAUAUAUUAGCCAGGUGGUUAUUAUGGAUUGUCCUAUCUGAAAUAAUGUUUUGAUUAUCGUAUAAUUUGUAAAAUUUUGACUCUAAAACUGGAUCAGGCUUGAAUUUAUGGUGUCUUUAUGAAGUGAUGGAGACUCUUAAAGCAAGAUUUUGUUGAAUGUUAUUUGCCAAGAUUGAAUUAAACUGCUGCAGGAUCCUGGAAUGUCUUGGAUUGUGUCUGGUUUCUCUUGGCAAUUUCUGCACUUACUACCCUGUUUGUAUUUUAUGUAUUGUUGAUUUUUUUUAAUGUCAACCAGCUUUUCCUGUAAUUCCUUCGGAUUCUGGGUUGUGGUCUCUAACUCUGAGUCGGGCACUCGAUGUUUCUUUGUCAACACCUUGUCUGCUCAGAUCACAGGGAUGGCUUCCAUGAGGGGCUUACACAGGUUAACGUUUUUCCACAGAGCGAUUUUUCUAAGAUAGCCUCUCAUUUAAGUUUGCUGCUCUGUACUUCAUAUCAUAAUUACAUCUAAUAUCAUAAUGACCAAAAGAAUAACAGCAGAAUUGGGUCCUCUGUCUGAUCAAGUCUGCUCGGCCAUUUCAAUUAUGGCUGAUCUUUUUUUGUAUUCUCCUCAACCCCAGUUCCCAGCCAUCUCCCCGUAAUCAUUGAUGCCAUGCCAAGUCAAGGAUCUAACAAUCUCUGCCUUAAACACACCCAACGACAUGGCUUCAGCAGUUGCAUGAGGCAACAAGUUCCACCGAUUUACCACCCUCUGGCUAAAGAAAUUUCUCUGCAUCACUGUUUUGAAUGGACUUCCCCCUAUCCUGAUGAUGUGCCCUCUUCCUAACUGGAAGACCAUAAUCUGUGGAUUGGUGAGAAUAUCUCCUCGCUGACGAUCAACACUGGCACUCCUCAGGGGUGUGCAUUUAGCCCACUGCACUAUUCUCCGUAUGCACAUGACUGUGUGGCUAGGCAUAGCUCAAACAACAUCUACAAAUUUUCUGA